AUGUCCAACACAACCCCAGACACCCUCCUAAAACUCGCCUCCGAACUGUCCACGCUCGGUACCUCUCUCUCAGCUGCAGGCACCAAACUGGCAGCCGCAGCUACGUGUCUGGAGCAAGAAGCAGCAAAUAUUGCUCUACUUAAUGCACAGAAGUGGGGGAUAGAUGUUCAGGUUGCGGUGAGGACUGGACCAGGAGUGUACAAUGCACCGGGCCAAGGAAAAGGGGGGGGACAUGAGGUUGUCAUCAAUGGGGUUAAGAAAUGACUCGUUAUUUUGGAGAGGAUGUGAAAAAAAAGAAAUAGUUGUUUCGAGAUAGGGGGAACACAAUGGGCAAGUGUACC